UCUACUGUCGCGGACAGCAUGAGUUCGUUGAAAUUUACCCCCAGGAAGAGCGAAGAACGAGGCAACGCCGAUCACGGUUGGCUCAAAGCUUUCCACACCUUCUCAUUUGCUACGUAUCAAGAUCAUAAGCACGAGCUCUUCGGACCUCUGCGCGUAAUGAACGAAGACCGAGUUGCGCCCCGCACAGGGUUCGGAACCCACUCGCAUCGCGAGUUCGAAAUUUUCUCAUACAUCGUCUCCGGAGAAGUCGAACACAAAGACUCCAUGGGCAAUACCGAGAUCCUUAAACGCGGUGACCUCCAACUCACCUCCGCCGGCACUGGCAUAUCCCAUUCCGAAAAAGCACGUGGAGGCAACCAAGUCCACCUUUUGCAGAUUUGGUCCCUCCCCGCCACAGCCCGUCUUCAGCCCAAGUACUUCACUCGGCACUUUAGUGACGAAGAGAAGACGGACAAGUGGGCCAAGGUAGUCGCGCCCGUAUGGGCGGAUGGCGUUAAGGAUACCAGGGAGGGCGAGGGUCCAGCCCCGGUACAGAGCGCGCUGACUCUUUACGCGUCGAUCCUUGGGACGGGAAAUGCACUCAGCCGGCCUUUGGAGGGCAAGAAGGCCUAUGUGCAUGUUAUCCAGACGAGCGGUUAUAACGAGCGCCAGGCGGCCGGCGCCAGCGUCAAGUUUAGCACAAAGGGCGGGGAUGAGGUGGAGUUGAGAGAGGGGGACGGGGCCUACGUGGACGUUAAGAAGAAGGGUGCCGUCUUGGAGGUUCAGAACGUGGGCGACCGAGUUGCUGAGCUUGUGGUUUUUGAUUUGGAAUGAUUUAUGUAAACUCUCGCUGUACCUCCUACAUACCUGAAUUGUACUACUAGCCUUGUAACAAACCCUCUUUUACUC